CCAAUAUGGCUGACGAAACGCGGUUGAUCUUGAAAGAGUUUUAGUUUUAUUCCUCUUUUGAUUGUUUGUCAGCAAACCUCCUCGAUCAUGGCGCUUCGUUGGAGAAAUUAUCCUUGCUCUCUGCUUUUGAUGAGAAAACCAAAUGAUUCGCUUAGGAGGCACCUCAGUUCUCAGGUUGAUCUACGAAAUAUGCGCUUAGCUUGUGUUGAGUUACGAAAGAUCAUAGGGCUUAUCGAGAAAUUAGGCAGAAACUCGCCAUACAAGCUCAAUGUGAGGCAGAAAUUUGCAAGACAAGUCAGUUGCGAAUGAAACAUUAGCAUGAAAGCGCAUUCAAGCCAUCACACCUUUAAUUUUUCCCCACCCCUUCAAGACGAUCUCCUUUCCCCUUUCCUACCCCCUUCCUUCUCUAUUAUAAAUGAGGGAAAAUCAGUUGAUUUAGAUUCAUUAUUUUCUUUCCUAACAAAAAUUUAAUGUUGAGGCAAAGAGAGAAGAGUAUGAAUGAAAGAUAAAUAUCUCCCAUCUUACCUCUACAGGACUCCCAAGAAAGGAAAGUUAUUUUUUCUGGAAUCCAACCCACUGGAACAAUGCACAUUGGAAACUACCUGGGGGCAAUUAGGAACUGGGUCUCAUUACAACAUGGAGAAAAGGACAUGGUCCUGUACAGCAUUGUGGAUUUACAUUCCAUCACCAUUCCACAAGAUCCUGUGAAACUGAGACAGGGUAUCAGAAAUAUGGCUGUAUAUUUAUUGGCUUGUGGAGUGAAUCCAGAGAAAAGUAUCCUCUUUCAGCAGUCUCAGGUGAAGUUGCUGGACUUUUAUUGAAAUUUUUAGACUGAUGGAUUAACAACCCUGUUUGUUGGGUAAUCUGCAAAUUACAGGGUUCCUCUUUCACUUGAAUGUGUGUUCUUGCUUGUAUUGAUAUACAUGAAAAAAUUAUGAGCUUCUGAUUGGUUGAUGACUAGUGCAUUUUUCAUGUAAAAGAGUGCAGAUUCAAAGAACAAGUGCAAAGCUAUAAUACAAGUGUAAAUUACAAAUAACCCAGGUACAAUAUCAAAAUUCCAACUGUUUUUUACUUUGUAGGAUGCUUUUUUUCAUAUAAACUAUUUAUAGGGAAUAACAUGAUUUCUUGUGCUAUUUGGUGUAAAUAAGUAUUUGUAAAUUUUUCAAAGACUACAAAUUGUACUCUCCCUAAAGGUUUGUACAAUUUUGUUGUCUCUGAAAACUUUACUCAUGUCUAUGAACAUCAAAUUGCACUUGAAGUCAUGUUAUUACCUAUACCAACUACUCUCUCAGUGUCUUGGCUAUUUUUCAUGCCCAGCUCCCCACUCAAAACCUGAUACAAAGGUAAAAGUGUCAGGCAACUGAGAAGUUCCAAGAAUAUUGUUUAUAUAGUUUGUUUUUUAAAUGGGUUGGCCACACAAAACUUGAUUAGAAUUUAUAAUUUGUAUUUUUUGAACAUUUUCUCAAGGUCUCACAACAUGCAGAGCUUGCUUGGAUUUUAGGAUGUAUGGCCCGCACAGGGUUCUUAAAUCGUAUGCAUCAGUGGAAGGUAACCAUAAAAGUAAAACUGAAAUCUUUUAUUAUCAAAUUUGUAAUUUAUCUUUCUUGCUGCAACUAUUUAGUCAGUAAUGAUAUGGCUUGGUCCUACAAACAUAUAAGGGAAGUAUAUGAAUUAAGGUUAAUUGUCAGAAAGUUUUGAAGUUGUUAGCCUUAACAUAAAGAAUAAGGCAAGGUUGCCAUCUUUUGCUUAUUAGAAGCAUGUGAGGAAUACCCAGUUGAACAGAGUAGGCUGACAGCUUUUGACAACCUUUGCAUGGCAAUAUAAGAAAUGUUAAUUAUUUCCUCAUGUGUUUGGUUUCUUUAUCUCAGACCAAAGCAAGUGAAAACAGAGAAAAAAGUUGUUUGGGAUUAUAUUCAUAUCCUGUGCUAAUGGCAGCUGAUAUUCUUUUGUACAAGUGAGUUUCUCUAAAAAGUAAAAAACUUGGAUCAUGACAUUUUAACUUACCUUUUGGAGUCUUGUAAAAAAGAAAAAACAAAUUAACAAUAUUUUAUUUUCUUCCAGGGCAAGUCAUGUCCCUAUUGGUGAAGAUCAGGUGCAACACUUGGAACUUGCCAGAGAACUUUGUCGUCAGUUUAACAACACCUUUGGAAACUUUUUUCCUUUCCCAAAAAGUAUUCUAGGUAUUUUCAACUUAGAUUACUUGUGGUAUGCUAGCUGGAAUGUAUUGUUGUAACUUGGUACUUGUCUGACCUUCGAACUUGUAAAACCCUCCUGGUAAAGUAAUGAGCAUGCAGAGGAAUAGAAAAAGACCUUGUUCUUUCUUCUUUUUUGCAGUAGUUCAUUUUAACAUAUUUUAACAUAGUUAACAUAUUUUUUGUUAUUUUUAUAACUCACACUUCACACUUGUUCCUUAAAGUUUUUACAAAAAUGCCCAGGAAGCUGACAUACUAUUACUUUCAACAGACAAUUGUCCUCGGGUGAUGAGUUUACGGGAUGGCAGCAAAAAAAUGAGCAAAUCAGAUCGUAAUGAAAUGUCAAGAAUUGAACUAACUGAUUCCGCAGACCUUAUUGAAAAAAAGAUUCAAAAAGCAGUAACAGACUCUGAAGAUCACAUCAGUUAUGAUCCAAAAGCAAGACCAGCUAUGUCAAAUCUGAUCAAUAUUUAUGCUGACUUCAGUGGGUUAACAACUCAAGCUGUGUGUGGGAAAUAUGACAACAUGGAAAAAUGCAAGAGUGUAUUUAAAGCUGAUCUUACAGAGCUUGUUGUAAGCAAGUUAACUCCUGUGCAGGAAAAUAUUAUGAGGAUUCAACAGGAUGUGGUAUAUGUAGAUAAUGUUCUACAAACUGGUGCAGAUCAAGCAAGGAACAUUGCAGUAGUAAACUUAUUGACAAUCAAGGAGAUGCUUGGGCUUCAAUGA